CGGCGAGACCAGCCGUCGGCACCGGUACUUGAGAACACGAAAGUGUUGGACAAUCGCGCAGUAAGCCAAUUGGAGUUGCAACCUCUUUGUGGCAGUUAGCAUGUUGCCCGCAGAGCGAGUCUUCAUUCCUGCUGUAAGUUACUCAUCUUUGUAAUGGUUUGCUUCCAUCGGUUCUCGUGUCCACUCUUCUUCCUUGGAGUUAUGCUCUGCUUCCAGACCGUGUACACCCUGGUUCCUUUGCUUCCAAUUGUCCCUACCCACUGCUGUUCUCCCCGGACAACAUCUCACAGCUUUCUCACCGUCAAUCUCAGUCUGGACUCCAGGUCGCCCUUGUUGUGACUCCAUUCUGAGUCACAUUCCCUUUUCUGUCUGCAUUGUUAAACUUGGGCCAUAUAGUUGUAGUAUAGGACGUUCUUGAGAUUCAGCGUGUGUGUGAACAUUUGCCAUGGAAGAGCAAGAACGGUAAGACAAAACCUGCAGCUUCCAAAUUUAAGAAUGGUAAGCGGCAUCCUGAAAACUCGUGUGCUCAGUUUCGUCGGCCGGCUGGCCGGCCGGCCGGCUACUCAGAGCUGGAACAGCGUCGGAUCUUCGGUCUCAGAAAGCUGUAGUAAUUGUCAUGGGCUGAUGCUAUUCCAGGCACAGCAACGAGUCUGUCUUGUCUGUCCGUUACCCUCGGAAGCCUUCGUGGACCACUCAAUCUUUCGACCAUGGUUUCCUGCGCCCAUUGAUAUCCCUUGUCCUUGAGGUCUGUGGGAUACACAGCGCACAAAAAGCGGGAAUCGGGAAAAUAACAAAUAGGAAGGGAAGUCCCCAUCGAGUCGGACAAGCAUGAAACCAAACGGGUAUCAUGGGGCUAGGCCCAAUAGCAUGGCAACGGCAUAUAUGUCCUACCGCACCUACUGUCUAGGCCAUACAGUGCACCAUGUAUACUUGCGUUGUUUAUCCUCUUGGCAACACUCACCUCCACUAAGCAUGGAGGUGGGGUGGGAUGGGGUGGUGUGAGGUGAGAAUCUCUUCCCGUUCGUGCCCUGGGUGGCGAUUACUUCACAGUGUGAGCGUCGCGUCCCUCCUCCCUGUCUUAAGUAUGCUGCGGCCGUGUUCACCUUUACGGGGGUUGUCGCUGCACUGGACAACGCGCGCUCGUGUGGCAGCCUUGCAUCACAAAGCCACAAUCCCCGUUCUAUUUAUGAUUGAGCGCCACGACUGACAUUACAUUUCACCUCACCUUUACCCAGCCACGGAUUCUCGGGGAGAGGAUAAAGUGGAUUCACUUGCCGAGUGAGAUUCCAUCUUCAUUACAUCUGUCCUUGUUACAACGAACUUGGUUCUCUGUUUGCUUCCUCUCGUAUCCUGGUUUCCAGUUGUGAUGUCGCCGCUCACACCAGCCCUUGUCUCUCAUGAGAAGCACUGGCAAUAGAGAAAAAUCGAGGGUCCUGCGGCUGGAAAGUCCUAACAAUAACUUGAGCAGAUACCUUCAUUAUUUGGGAUCCUUGCAAUUGUGCAUCCUCGAUCACACUUUAUUUUGCGUCUUUCUUGUACAACGGAAGACUAGACAGACGUCCGAGAAGAAAACGGAAAAUGGAAAAACAUGGGAGCUUCGGCGGCGAAGGCCGAAGAGGUCAUGGGCAUAAAUGUACCCGGGACACAAUCACCCACGGGGAGUUAGUGUACUCUUCUCUUCGUUUGGCAUACUUGGCAUACUGGUCAGCAUAGGAUAGAACUAAUCAGUCCUCGGGCGGCAUAGAGUCGAUUCAAGGGGUUCCUUCAAUGAGAGGGAUAUUCAGUCAACUGUAAAGCAUGAGGGUGUGACUGUCAUAUAAUAGAAUGAAAACGAGAGUCUGAUGCCUCGCAGUUGAGCUCAUCCGAACGAUUUUCCUCGGGUAAACUUUGGAAAGCAUGUCUGAAACUCGGUUGCAGCGUGGGUAAAUCUCGUGCUCUCCUCACGCUCAAGUUAGUUGACACAGUUUACACCAAAACACGGUGCCGGUGUGUGUCACAGGAACUGGGCUUUUGUCCUAAGCACGUUGACACACUGCAAACCUCGCGUUCUCGGUUUAUCUUGUCUCUUCCCUUGGCCCAUUCUCAUCAUCACCGCUGGGAUCGAUCCUCCUCCUUCGGCCCCUGACACAGAUCUCUUGGAGCCCAAUCCGAACCACUACCAUCGGUGUGUGCAGUGUCAAAUCCUCAGAUUCUUGUCCAGCUUCUCGCUCUUGCUUGAGGUCGGUUCCGAAAUGUUGCUGAGCCUGACUGCAUGGUCGACCGUAAACGGCAGACGGCAGAUGGCAGGUCCUUCAUGAAAUAUGGCUACGAGAUGCCGACACGGUCACAACCAACGAAGCCCAGGUGUCUGCGCUGAUCGGGGUUUACAUUUAUGAUACCUUGGGCGUAAGUUGCAGAAGCAUUCAUCAUGACCAUUGUGAGCUGCUGUUCUUUAUUUCUCUGCUCCUCAUCAUUUGAGGUAAUUGUACAAGUACAAAUCCCUCAGAAAAGAUCACGUUAUCCAGUGAUUGUAACAAUAAUUCCUGUCCAAAGUUCACAUACCAUUAUAUUGAACCUUUUUGUAAUUAAAAAAUUCUUUUUUGGAAUACUACUGGCAACGAUUCUCUCAUGAUACAUUAC